CGUUAUUUUGUAAGCUCGGUGGUCCUCGCAGGAAAUAGAAUUUAUUUAAAUUUAGCAACGGCGUCGUUUUAUCUGACAACGUAUCAACGCCGCGUUUAACUGAUUUUGUUUAUAAACUAAUAUAGCCAACACUUGCACAAAUGAUUUUUCUCGUUUCUUCGACAGCAACACAUUAAUCGGAUUUGCUCUUCGAGGACCUUGACGCAUCGUUUCCAUUCAGCCAUUAAAGUGGGAAGAGUAGGGUCCAUUCUGUUGUGAUUUUAGUGCGACCUGUGUGUGAUUUUAUAUGUAAAAUGUUGGUAUGUAACUCAUAUUAGGAAUCAUUCUACGGUGUAAGGUGAAACUCUUCGCUCGGCUGGUGUCGUCGGUAAGGAGCAGGGGUGUAAUAAUGUCUGGAGCGGCCGGUGGAGGAGGCUCCUCCUGUCUGGGCGCAGCAGCGGCAGCCAGUUGCAGCUCCGCCGGCUUUCCCUACGCUGCUUCAGCCGGAGGAGGCGCAGGGGUGGCCGGUAGGUUGCCAGCUCGAGUCCUGGAGCACGUUUUCUCCUAUUUGGAGCUCUCCGACCUGAUGCGUUGCUCGCUGGUCUGCUGGCACUGGAAUAAUAUUCUGGCGGAUGAAAACAGCGAAGUGUGGCGCAGCCUCUGCAGCCGAAGUCUGAGCGAUGAAGCUUUGCGGUCUGACAUCCUGUGCAACCUGCCCACCUACAAGGGGAAACUCAAGGCCUUCCAGCACGGUCUGAGCUCCCACGACUGCUCCCGCAACGUUUACGUGAAGAAGAACGGCUUCACCCUGCACCGCAAUCCUAUCGCCCAGAGCACAGAUGGCGCACGUGGCAAGAUCGGCUUUUCGGAAGGGAGGCACGCCUGGGAGAUCUGGUGGGAAGGCCCUCUGGGCACCGUGGCGGUGAUCGGCAUCGCCACGAAGCGGGCGUCCAUGCAGUGCCAGGGCUACGUGGCCCUGCUGGGCAGCGAUGACCAGAGCUGGGGCUGGAACCUGGUCGAUAACAACCUGCUUCACAAUGGAGAGGUCAGCGGAAAUUUCCCACAGUGUAACAACGCACCAAAAUAUCAGAUCGGGGAGAGAAUACGAGUGAUUUUAGACAUGGAUGACAAGACGUUAGCCUUCGAGAGGGGUUUUGAGUUUCUCGGAGUAGCGUUUCGUGGACUGCCCAAGGCCUGCCUGUACCCUGCGGUCUCUGCGGUGUACGGCAACACCGAGGUCACCAUGGUGUACCUGGGAAAACCUCUGGACGGCUAGAAGAAGGGCAACCCGUGCCAUCAUUAAAACUAACAGGCCACAUGCGGGUGCAGGACUUCACUCUGUCGACAGACUGAUGACUCUGUUUGUUGCGUCGUGUCAAAAGGGUUUGGAGGCCAAGCUGUGGUGUUUCUUCCACGCCGAAUAACUCUGUCCACUAUACACAAAGACCGCGUCUACCACAGCUGGACGUGAGGAGUCCGGACCGGACAAACCACAGCGAAAAGGAGUGCGCGGGAGCUGUCAUAAACAUGUUUCUGUACCAACGUGGAGCUGUCCACUUUUACAGUUUAGCUGCUGGACUGUUUUAUCCACAGGAUGUUAUUUAAUUCGAACUAACAGUGCUGAACAUUUACUUGAGAUUUUAUGCCUGCUUGAAUGAAGCCAAAACUAUUUGAAACGGUGGCAGAUACUUUUAACACGUGGUAAACGGUAGUUGUUAUCUGUAGCUAUCUUCAUGGGAACAUCUCUUUGAGGAUUUACACAGUUUAAAGGAACAGUUCACCCAAAUAAAGUGACAAUUCAGUCGCCUGCUCACCCCAUGCUGAUGGAAAGUCAGGUGAAGCUUCUCGUGACUGAAUUUACAUUUUUGGGCGAACUGUCCCUUUAGCUAUAAUUGGUGGCUGGACUGUAAUGGUUAAAUGCCAAAUAGAUGAGACCUGAUGUUAUGUUUUGCAGUAGACAGACAUAGAGGACAUGUGGACCAACUGUCACGCAUGUGCAUGGACGCGGGCGUAUGGACUAUUACAUCUGCCAUUUUUAAAUACGGUUGAAAUUAUACGUGUAUCAUGAUAAUGUGUGUCCUUUGUAAUGUGCUAUAAUGUAGUAUUACACACUAUUUAUUCCUGGGUUUUAUCUAUGGUACUGUAGAUACUGUAUGGUUACAAGGCCUGAAAAUAAAGUAUAUAUGGUACCCCUCUUAGA